UCCUUAGGCAUUAUUUCCGUUCCUUUGUUUUGUAUUAUUUUCUGAUUCCGGUUUUCGUCACACAUCUUUUCUGGGUAGAAAUUCAGCUAUUGCGAGAAUGUGGUAAAAUGUGAAGAACUCAUUGAGGUGAGUCGCCUCUACUCUUGUAUAUAUCGUAGCUUACCGCUUCAAGCCAACUCAAUUCUAUUUCGCAGUUGUACCAGACAGAUUGUUCUGAAGUUUCAUCUAGCCUUUUCAAUCCGCCAUGGCGAGCAGUGCGCAAUCUGACCACUACGAACCUUUUCAAUCAGCCACGAUGAAUAGUGCGCAAUUUGACCACCAAGUGACAAAUCCAAACAGUGGAAGAAAGAAAGCAAAAAUGUGUACAGAUGUUAUUGAUUCAGAAGCUGCUCUUUUGGAAGAGUUACAAAAGAUGGAUCAGAAGGGAACUCUUAUUGAUAUCAGACACGUUGAAGGCAUUCUUCAAAAAGCCCCGUUGUACAAGUACUCCGACACGGUGAAAAUGAAAUUGUAUUUUCAUCUCGGAAAAGCGUAUUACGUGAGCAGAGACUUUGACGAAGCAAUUCAACACUUCAAAGAACAUCGAGUCAUUGCUAGAAGAAAUAGUAACAAAGAAGAGGAGCAGCUAGCUUGUACAAACCUAGGCCGCUGCUAUGACGGCUUAAGCAAGUAUCAAAAAGCAAUCGAAUACCACAAAAUAAGCUUGAAAAUUGCCAAAGGUAGAGCUGACAAAUAUGGAGAAAGAUGUGCUUACACAAAUCUGGGUGGGGCUCUUGAUAAAUUGGCCGAUUUCAAAAAGGCACUUGAGAAUCAUGAAAGAAGUCUUCAAAUCGCUAGAGAUAUAGGCGACAGACAAGGAGAAGGGGAGUGCUAUUGUAACAUGUCAAAUGUACACUUAAAGAUGGGAAAUCUACAAAUAGCGUUUAAAUAUGCCCAACAUGCUUUAGACAUCGCUGUAGAGGUAGGUGAUAAGCGUGGUGAAGGGAGGGCCCGUGGAAGCCUUGGAAAUGCCAGCAAUAUUCUUGGAAAUCCGACCGAUGCUGAAGAACACUUAUUGCGGCAAUUGCAAAUCGCUGAGGAGCUACACGAUCCAUAUAGUGAAAUGGAGGCUUACAGAAACUUGAGCAGUUCUUAUUUUACAUGGGAUAAACACUGCCUCAAACGUUAUAACCAGAAGUACUUAGAUAUCGCGAAAGAACUCCAAGAUAAACAUGCUGAAGCCAAAGCCUAUGCCCACGAAGGAAGGAAUUGUCUAUCAAACGGACAGUUCAAAGAAGCUAUUGAGCAUCAAAAGAGAGCCUUGGUUGCUGCUAAAGAGCUUGGAGACAGACGCUUUGAAGGAGAUGUGAAUAGAAACCUCGGCAUUUGUUAUCAAUACGUGGGAAAAUAUCAAAAAGCACAAUCAUACUUUCAGGAAUGUCGAGAAAUUACCAAAACCAUUGAAGAUAAAAUUGCACAAGCAGAUGUUCUGCAGAGGUUAGGAAAUAUUUAUUUAAUUCAAGGGAGAGAAGAUAAAGCUAUCGAUAAAGCUAUCGAAUACUUUGAAUCAAGUUUGAGAAUUGCAGAAUUAACAGGGUUUAAAAAACAACAAGCACGAGCCUAUGGAGGCUUAGGAAAAUGCUACGAAAGGAAAAAAAAUUACGAUGUCGCUGUGGAGAAUCAUAAGAAAGAUCUAGAAAUUUCUGUACAGAUCAAGCAUGCAGUUGGAGAAAGUAAAGCUCGUGAACACAUAGGUAGAGCAUACCUUUUCUUGAAGAAAUACAAAGAAGCACAAGAAUACUGCGAAAAAAGUUUACAAAUCGCAUUACAAAGAGACGACAGGCUGGUAAAAGCGUCUGCCUGUUUGAGGUUAGGUAUUUGUUGGCAUAAUAUCAGCAUGCAGCUUAAAGAAGAAGGCGAUGACAGGGGAUGAAAUCAUCAUCAUUCCAGAUGGACCUCUGUUCAAAGUUCCUUUUGCAGCCUUACGCAAUCCACGAACGAAAAAGUACUUGUCAGAAAACAAGCGCAUUCGACUUGCUCCGUCCCUCAAAACAUUGAAAAUUCUGCAAGAACCCCGUUCAGUGGAUGUUCAUAACAAAGCGAAAGGUGCUCUCAUCGUUUGAGAUCCCGACGUCACUGGUGAAAGAAUGCUUGGAGACAAGAAAAAGUAUUUCAGCCAACUGCCCGAAGCGCGGCAAGAAGCGGAAAGAAUUGCUGAAGUUCUUGGAGUGACUCCAUUGACAGGCUCUCAAGCAACCAAACAGGCUAUCAAGACGCGACUUCAAGAAGGUGUUGCAGUGGUUCACUUUGCUGCACAUGGUGAUGCAGAAAGAGGGGGUUCUCAGCCCAAACAUUGAUCAGCUCGAAGCAGGAAAAGUCCCAGACGAAAAAGACUACUUACUGACUAUCAACGAAGUGCAGGAGAUUGGUCUACGUGCUAAACUAGUCGUAUUGAGUUGCUGUUACAGUGGGCGUGGUGAAAUCAAGUCAGAGGGUGUAGUUGGAAUGAGUCGAGCUUUCUUUGCAGCGGGUGCGCUUGCUGUAGUCGCAUCCCUAUGGGCCGUGGAUGACCUUGGCACUAGAGUCUUCAUGGAAAAGUUCUAUGGUCACUUGAAGCGCGGAGAGAAAGCAAGCGUAAGCCUUCAGCAAGCAAUGAAGGAAAUGCGUGACAUAGAGCGUUACAGUAAGCCUAAUUACUGGGCUCCUUUCUUCUUAAUCGGUGAGGACGUUACAAUUGAUGUGAGUGAAGAAAGUAGUGUGAAUUAAUUAUCUGUGAUACACUUAUCAAUUGCACUUAUCAAUAGAAGAUUUUUGUACUAAUUUAGAUAAUGUUGUUAGCAAACAAUUUUGCGGAUAUAUAAAGCAGUGCAAUAACAUGGAUAUUUCAUUAUAGAUUGCACUAAAACGAAAUAGACCUAAUCGGCUAACACGUUGCUACAAACGUUUCCACCCAACUCAAACCAYCCGGGAUACGUUUUCAUUGUUCGUCAUAUUUUUAUUUCACAGUUAAAUUCUUAGAAACAAAAGUUCUUUUUCCCAGUGGAUUUGAAUUGGGUGGUAACGUACAUGGUAACGCGUUAACGGCCUUAAGGACUAAGACCCCUUUGAUGACGCAACGGUUUUAUAUGCAGUCCAAAGCGAAAGAUUUACAAAUAAGACCCCUUUUCAGCUGCAACUUCUCAUAUAUAUAUUCAAUAAUGUCUGGAAAACACUUUUGUAUUUUAAAUCAGUUUUAAUUUCAGUACCAUUUGUGUUGGAAAAGUAGGGAAAUUGUUUUGAAUCCUUUCCAGGAAGCAUAGGCUUUUCCAUGUCAAUAAUAAUACUGGUUCUCCUUUAGUGGGCAUUUUGUUUCCAUGGAGAGGUCCAUGUCCCGUAUUCUGUGCUUCCCCUUAGCUAUGGACCUCUCUCCUUUCCAGUGACGAUUGAACGACCAACAAUCAUUUCGGUCUUGGAAUUCACUAUUUUCAGUGAGUAUUUAACGUUUUCUGAAAUGUAUACAAAAUUAAUUUUUCAAUUAAACUAAUAAAAUAUAUUCAAAGUUUCAAAGAUUUUCAGUUAAAUAGAACAGCAUUAUAACACAAAAUGAAAAGGCAACAUGAAAAUUACAUCAAUAGUACAAUGUCAUACUGUUGUCCCUUCUCUGCUUGCUGUUCAGAUUCUAAGUAGAGUUUGAUAUUUGUUACUUAUGCCGAUAAGAGCAAUGAUUGUUCCUAAAACGACUUUCGUGCAACCAUGAACCUUUGCGAUUGUUUCUUUUGUUUUAAAAAUGAUCUCUUGUUGAAAGGUGCUUUCUGGUUGGUUCCGAAAAUCAAAGAUGGCGACUUUUCGUGUAUGAUUAAAUCACGCAAAGGUUCUGAGAUGCACGUGGUUAUUUAAGAAGCUUUAUGCGCGGCGCCUCGUCUUUAUUCUUUAUUUGAGUACUAAGGAGAUUUCUCAAGUUGGAUAUCGCAUGAGUAAAAAGUAAUCCAGGCUAAGCAUUUGUAUUUAGAAUGUAUGUAAUAUAUACAAUAUGAGCGGCCGACUGUAUUGGGAAAUUGUUCUACAGUGGGAUUAUGUAACCAUAGCUAGGUAAUAAAGCAGUUAUUGUUUUCUUUUCCACGGACCGUAUGUCGCAUAAUUUUGCCUUCAGUUAGCGUUCAUCAUGCACUCAGAACAAGCUCGAGAAUUAUGGCUAACUUUAGAAAACCRAAAGACAAGAACGAAGACGAAAAUUGGCUGCAGGAUUCUUAUAGUAACAUCAAACAUACCAUAAAAUGGAGUGAAUUUUUUACGAGUGGCAACAAGCAAGGGAAGAAAAUUAACACUCAGUAACAAACGAGAGCGUUGGCCGGGUUUGGCUGUGAUAUCSAUAAUGUGCAAAAUCUUGACAAGAAGCUGAAGGAAAUGAAACCAACGACGUUGAACUCUCUAAAUAUUCUUGGUUAACAAAAGUUCGUCGGAGAGUUAUUGCCAACAAAAGUGGCGUACAAUAUUUAUCAAAAUCUAUAUAUUUGUGAUUGUUCCCGGCCUUAACAGGCUUCUACAAAACGUAGAGGCAGAAAAUUCAUUUAACCUUCUCAAGAAAAAUGAUCGUAAAUGUAAAUACGUGCAAUUUUGACUAUUCAUUUUGCUAGAUCGAUGUCUAUCAGCAUUUUAUAUUUUUUUCAAUAGCAGGCUAACAGAUCUAAUAGUAUUCUAUAUCAAAAUACAGAAUACUAAUCGAUCUAUUAAAAAUACAGAAUACUAAUAGAUCUAUUAUUAUUAUUUAUUAUUAUUAUU